AAGCUCGGAGGCUCGCGGACGGAGCCGCCGCCGCCGCCGCCGCCGUGCUUGUGCCGGAGCUCGCUCGGGGGACCGCUGGGUGGCGUGGCCGGGCCGGGCCUGCGGCGUGCAGCGUGUGGCCUUCGGGCGCCUUCCCGUUAUGUCUGAGGGCCCCAGCGAGACCGCCACAGAGCGGGAGCUGGCGCUGGGGGAAGACAGUCAUUCCACAGUAACCUCCGCAUCCGCAUCCGACGCAGAAGCAAAACCGAGGAAGAAAACAUCUUGCAAGCUUCCAAAAUCACCGAAAUCUCCAUAUAUCUCUAGCACGUACCUCCGUUCUACAAGGGUUGGAUUUCCAAGAUCCUUUAAGGGCACAGAGAACAAACACUUUGAAAUUUCCUUGGUCAAAGCAUCGAGGCAGCUGUGGCGUGGAUCUCUCAGACAAGAUACCUGGUUGGGUCAGACAAAGUCAGGUCUUGACCUAAGUCCUGGGUUGUCCUCUGUCCCUGACGGCACACCGGAAUAUUUGAAGGAAGCUUUGGGUAUGAAGAAACCAAAACAUGCUCGUUCCGCCAGCAGUGGCUACAUCCCUGGAACUCCAGACUACAAAGAAAAGGAAGAGAUGUAUGAUGAGAUCAUUGAACUAAAGAAGACAGUCCAAGCCCAGAAAUGUGAAGCAGAUCGGAUGAAAACGAAGCUUCGGCGACUGGAGGAGGAGAAUAAUCGGAAGGACAAACAGAUUGAACAACUGCUGGAUCCCUCCAGGGGCUCUGAGUUUGGCUGGGUACGGACAGAGCAGAAAAACGAUAAUAGCAUGUUGAUCAGUGGAUUGAAGCAGAAGAUCCUCAGACUGGAGCAGCAGUGCAAGGAGAAAGACAAUACUAUUAACAAACUGCAGACAGAUGUGAAGAGUACUAAUGUGGAAGAAAUGAGGAUUUCCCUGCAUACCUGUUAUGAGGAGAUUCAGCGACUCCAAACACUGCUGGCAAAAUCAAAAACUGUGCAUCGAAAAUCUCCUCCAGAGAGCAGAGAGCAGAAGGCUCUCAGUGGUGCUGUCCUGCAGUUGUCCAGAAAUAUGAGAGAACUGCAAGAGGAGAACUGGGCACUGAAAGUAGAUUUAGACCGAGCGCUGAGCCGUUCCCGUACCUCCAGUAAAGGAGCAAAUUCUGCUGGAUGGAGCAGACAGAGGCUGGUUCGGCGGAUCUCAGCUGUGGAGAAAAAAAUGGACGAGAGGCAGAACAGCAGGCUGCAGCUUUCCCAGACCAGCACGUCGCCCUUGCUCACUCUCCCCACACCAGUUGCUAAGGAAUCUGAUCCCCCAAAAGACUUUGAACAUCUCCAAAGCCUAGUGAAGAAGCUGAAAAGCCAAGGGGUUCUCCUUCAGAAUCAGCUGGCUGUUAAAGAGGAAGAAAUCCAGGAGCUGACAGCAAAGGUGCGAGAACUGGAGGGAAACCAAGAAAGGAAUUAUGGACAGGCUGGAAUCGAUGCCACAGAACGCUCCGGUCAGAACCCAGAGUUUGCUCCUGGACCCUCCUCUUUGCACGCAGCUGCUGAACGUGCAGCAAAAGAGAAGGCUGUGAGGCUCAUCCAGUCUGUUUUCCGGGCUCAUGUGGCACGCAUGCAACUUGAGAAAAAGCUUCAGAUCUCCAGCCCCGAGAGCAACACAGCAAGCCCCGCUGGCCACAGCGGAGAGGAGAAGCCGGUCUGGUCUCUGUUCAGACGCUCACCUCUAACCUUCACUUCAGCCCUUCCUGUCACACCCUUGCCGAAUCGGCUGCAGUCCUCUCCCCCAGCUCCUACGGAAGAAGUUGAGUCAGAUGACUCGGAUGAUAUAAUCACAGUGCUGACGUCACCAGCGCAGAAAACACCGCCACUGGAUUUCCGCAGCUCCAUGGCACAACCUCCAGUGCAAUCCUAGAACAGAAGUCCUCUUGACUUGCCAGAGCAGGUGAAGCUGUCCAGUGUGUGAUUGGUGCAGAGCUUUGUUCUCCCCAGGGAAGAGAGGUGGUUUUCAUGCAGAUUAACGGGGGCAAAAUCCACUUCCUCUUGGUUCACAUCCACUGGGAAAUUCUGCCCUCGCUCCUCCCUUACAACUGCCAGAGAGGGUAGCUUCAAAGAGUGCCCCCCCCCCCUUCCCCAGCUUCACUUGAAGUUUAAAAUGAUACGCUCCAAGAAGCAGUCAAAUGAAAUUUGCUGAACAUGCAGAUCAAGGAUGAAAGUGAAGCUUCCUUAAAUACUUCCCGAAGAGGCAGAUUUUAAAGUGGUUGUUUACUUUCCAGAACAAGCAUGAAAUAGUAACAUAUACAUAGACUCAUCCAUACAAUUAACUCAAACCAACAAUUUUAGCACAUCUUAAUUAAGCGUAGUACAGACACGUGUUUACGACACAGAGCCCCUGUCUGUCAGCACCUGAUGUAAAUCAUUCCUUAGAAAGAACCAGCAUCUUCUUUCCUUGGGGGAAGAGAAGUUUGCGGAACAGCAAAGACUGCAGUCCGUUCGAGAUCCACACGGCAGGGUCUCCUCCGUACACGCCUGCUGCCUCUUGCUUUGACAUAACCCCACUCUUAGUUCUGCUGGCAUUGCCUGCAGCUGGCACCCCAAGCCUUGGGGUGUUGUGUCAUGUGGUGUGUAAGGUGUAUUGUCGUAUCUUGGUGGGUAAGUGUGGGCUGCAGCGUUUCUGCCCCAUCACUGCAUUUUCCUUGUAGGGAAAGCUGAAUUGUCAGCAGUGUCAUGGGGACUGCAACUCCUAUUAGUAAGCCCAGCAGAUGCUUGCAUCUGCUUGAUGGCAUCUUAAGAAGAGAGCCACCUGAUGAAGGGCACCCUCCCACGCGUGUUUGCUCAGACGUGUCCUACUGUUUUCACUGGGGUUCGCUCUGGAAGUGGCACACACAGCAGAGACGCUGCCUUCCAAAGCCUCGUUGCCUUCUUGGAAUCAGGAGAGCAAAGACACCUGCAGGUCCUCCCCACUGAAGCAGAGGCUGCUGCAAAGGGAUCUGCUCCCAGCUCCAGCAAGUCACAGCUCGGGCCUGCCCUGAAGGCAGCACCAGCGGACUGGCAGCUUGCGCCUGUGUUGCCCUGCACAAAACAAUGAAGCCGAGGAGGAUCCCCCAUCAUGAGAGACCUGUAGAGCGAGGCCAAACUAGAAUCCCUCUGAGACCUUUGCCUCUGGGAAGUGCAUGAGCAGAGUCUCCCCACUGCUGCUUUUCAGCAUCUGGUUAGCAUUCAGUGGCCUCUGCCGCCACCAAAUCCCUUAUCACCACGACAACAGAUGCCUGGCUCUUGGGUGCAGCUUCGUCUGCAAGGGGUUUGUGACCCUUGCUGACCUGGGAGGAAGGACACUUCUCCUUCACUGGCUGGAGCCUCAUGGCCUGUACAAGACUGUCGCUUUGCACAGAGCCAAGGAAGGGCAGCCACUGGCUCUUGGAACAGCUGUGGCCGCAGGAAAGAAAAGCCAGAAUGACCAUUUGGAUUUUCUGUAAGCAUCACGCUCUGCUCCUUGGAAGAUACUGCUUUGUGCUCAGACUCCAGUGCCUCUCCUCUCUUCCAGCCCACCCCGCCAGCAACCUGAGCAUCAAAGAGAGAGAGAUGCUCCCCCCCACACACAUGCACACACGCACACGCUGAACACUUUAAGUCAGGGUCGGAGUCCGUUCUUUAUCUGACACUUACUGUCACCCACGCCAGCCAGCGCUUUCAGCCAAGAAGGACGGCUGCGGCACAGAGCAGAGGAGUUUUGCUUAAUCCCAUCAGCGGAAACGCCGCCCUUUGUAGUGUUUCCAGAGGCAGCUGCUGGGAGCUGUCCAGAGCAAAGUCAAUCAGCAGAAAUUGGUUUACACCAUGGAGUAAAUUGAUUCCAGCUGCUGCUCCAUUCACAUGAUGAUCCUGGCCAGGAACAGGAGGGGGCCCUGGCGUGUUCCUGGACUGGCGUGUUUUCAGAACAACUCUGUGUACAGCUCGGCACUCCCCAUCAGGUAGGGACAAAUCCUGGCACCUCCAAGUUCUGUACUGAAUUGAGAACAGCAGCAGACUGGAAACUCGUCAUCAGAGCUCAGGGAGAGACGCUGCAGAUGGCAGUGAAUCGUUGGACUUUGAUGGAUAACUCGGAGGGUGUGUAAGGGCCAAGACAGGAGCGAAACGUUUCCCAGACGCCGAUCCUCAGGGAGCUUCUGGUAUGAGUAAUCUGAUGGACUCAUCUUCUUUCUCACAGUGCAAGCAGUAAUAGAGAGCUAAUAACAAAGCAGUUAGAAGGGGCGUGUGGGAAAAGAGGCUUGUGUUUCUGCAGGACCGGGAAUCGCUUUCAGUUUGGUCCAUCUGCCGGGGUUCCACCCCCACCCUACAAAGCAUGCACUGAAGAACUCGUUAGAGAGGGUGGCAAAGUAGGGAUCCAUCAGGUUCCAGGUUCCAGCGAAGUUGAUCAGCUGACGGCAUGGUUGUUGUAGCAACCGUGAAUUUUAAAAAGCUGCAUGGGUCAAAGGGGACACCCCAUCUCUCUUCCCUACGGACUUCUGUCUGCUUCACUGUCCUCCUGCUAAAUUCCACAAGAUCUGACAUGGUGGCGAGUCUCUCACUGGUCUGUUUUCCUCCCCUUCUUAAAAAGCCUGAUCUUAGAUGACUCCUUUGUAACUCUGUUAGUGUUUUGUUUUGUUUUGUUUAGCAUAAUCCACUCUGGAAAUGUUUAUAGAAAAGAGGUGUACAUACAUUUCAGAUAAACUCUGCUUUGAAUCUCA